AUGGACGCUGUCAGCCUGGUCCCCGUGGAGGCUGUGCUCCCCGAAAACAUCCUGGAUAUCUGGGUCGUUGUCAUCACUCUGGCCAUCAUAGUCAUCAUGACCUCCUUGUUGCUGUACCCGGCCACUGCGGUCAUUAUCUAUUGCAUGAGGACUCAUCCUGUCCUCUCUGGGACUGAGAAUCUCCCAAGAGGGGUGGUGAGGGAUAUGGGUGGUGUCCCCUCCCCCAGCCUCUUCCUUCUCAGAAAAGUGACAGGAUGGGCUUUGCUACGCAGAGCUUGA